GGGCUGAUGAGAAGAGCUGCAGCUGCUGCCGCCAGGGGAGAGAGGGAGGGAGGGAUGACUUGGGUACAGGAUGGUUCCCUCCAUCAGGCCCGGGUAAAACGGCACCACUGCACAUAAUGCUAUACGUGACUCAGAUUAGGGUCAUAUCUAUUUUACAUCAUCAUUUGAUUUGCAGCACAGAUGUGUUCUGCCCACAGAGCAGCAACACAGAGACUCAGUCUGCCAGCAGCGGUUUCCUCGCGACUGAUUCCUUCUUUAUAUCCAUGUGUGAAGUACGGAACUGCGCCAUCCGCUGCGGACGAUCAAACGCCGGAGACGGAUGUGAAAGAUUUCACCAAGUGGCUGAUUUCGGAGCCCCUGAAUCACCCAGAUUUCUUUAAUGUGAAGGAAUUAUUCUCCAUCCGGACCUUGUUUGAUGCCCGGGUACACCUGGGGCACAAGAUGGGCUGCCGCCACAGGUUGAUGGAGCCGUACAUCUUCGGCUGCCGUCUACAGCAGGACAUCAUAGACCUCAACCAGACGCAGGAGCAUCUACAGCAGGCGCUGAAUUUCAUGGCUCACAUCGCGUACCGGAAAGGAGUCAUCUUGUUCGUUUGCCGCAACCGCCAGUUCACACACUUGGUAGAGAACCUGGCCAAGGACUGCGGCGAGUACGCCCACACGCGCUUCUGGCGGGGCGGCCUGCUGACCAACUCCACGAUCCAGUACAGUCCCGGGGUCCGACUACCAGACCUGGUCAUCUUCCUGAGCACGCUCAACACUGUGUUCGAGCAGCACGUAGCCAUACGUGACGCCGCCAAGAUGAACAUACCAACCGUUGGGAUAGUGGACACCAACUGUAAUCCCAGCCUGAUCACUUACCCCGUGCCUGGGAACGACGACAGCCCCACCUCCGUGGAACUGUACUGCCGGCUCUUCAAGAUGACCAUCAACCGAGCAAAGGACAAGAGGAAACAAAUGGAGGUUCUGUAUGGACUGAGAAGUAAAAUGGCGGACUCCUAGGACUGCCGUCUGCUACUGUAAAUGUCUGUGUACUCUUUGUUUUUUUUUUAUUUGUUUUUUUUCCCACCAAGAAUAAAACUUUAAUGUCA